ACAGCACCAAACGAGUGCAAUCCAACCUUCAGCGCGCAAUCUCCCAUCAUCCAAUUCUCUCCUCCCCACUCGCACCAGCACACAUCUACGAAUCUCUCUCGCUCCCUAUCCAAGAUCUGAAACAGGAUCUGAAUACCGAGCACGAUGUCUGAUCCGCCAGUCGUCGACUUCGGCUCGCCGACUAUCUUCUUCGACUCGCAUCCUGAGGAACAGGAGUCGUAUCUGUAUUCGUAUUGGUCGGCGCUGAAGAGUUCGUUGAAGAUCGCGUUCACAGGCCAAGUACCAAAAUUCCACCACCCCGGCACACUACGUAUCAUAUGGUGGACGCACGACGGCAACCAAGGAAUGAAAGAUUACGAACUCCACGAGUACGCGCUCGUGCGGCGCAACUUCGACGUGCUGCUCGACCUCCCCGAAGUCCGCCGCGUGGUGAUCAUGGGCUACUCAGGGCAGAACCCGUAUAUCCUAGGCGACAAGAACCCAUGGGUGGAGAAGUUCUCGCGGAUGAAUAAGGUGCGUAAGGGAUGGGAUGAGAGAAAGGACGUGAAAGAGGGGAAUAAGGAAAGGAUGAAUGAUAGUAAGGAGGGGAGAGUAGGCAAGUUGGUGGAUAUUAAUGAGAUUAUUGAGAAGAAUGAUGAGAUUGAGGAGCAGAAGAGGAGGGAGGAGGAGGAACGUAUAGCGACGGAGACUGAGGGGCUGUUGAGUGGGGAGAUGGUGUAG